GGGCGGGGCCUCCGCUGCCACCUCCGCUGCGGACCGAGGCGAGAUGGCGGCCACCGAGGGGGUUGGGGAGGCUGCGCAAGGCGGCGAGCCCGGGCAGCCGGAGCAGCCCCCGCCCCAGCCGCACCCACCGCCGCCCCAGCAGCAGCACAAGGAAGAGAUGGCGGCCGAGGCUGGGGAAGCCGUGGCGUCCCCCAUGGACGACGGGUUUGUGAGCCUGGACUCGCCCUCCUACGUCCUGUACAGGGACAGAGCAGAAUGGGCUGAUAUAGAUCCAGUGCCGCAGAAUGAUGGCCCCAAUCCCGUGGUCCAGAUCAUUUAUAGUGACAAAUUUAGAGAUGUUUAUGAUUACUUCCGAGCUGUCCUGCAGCGUGAUGAAAGAAGUGAACGAGCUUUUAAGCUAACCCGGGAUGCUAUUGAGUUAAAUGCAGCCAAUUAUACAGUGUGGCAUUUCCGGAGAGUUCUUUUAAAGUCACUUCAGAAGGAUCUACAUGAGGAAAUGAACUACAUCACUGCAAUAAUUGAGGAGCAGCCCAAAAACUAUCAAGUUUGGCAUCAUAGGCGAGUAUUAGUGGAAUGGCUAAGAGAUCCAUCUCAGGAGCUUGAAUUUAUUGCUGAUAUUCUUAAUCAGGAUGCAAAGAAUUAUCAUGCCUGGCAGCAUCGACAAUGGGUUAUUCAGCUGGUCUCGAACUCCUGGCCUCAAGUGACCUUUCUGCCUCAGCCUCCUGAAGCAGUGGGAUUGCCCAUGAGAACCACCACUCCUGACCAUGAAUUUAAACUUUGGGACAAUGAGCUGCAGUAUGUGGACCAACUUCUCAAAGAGGAUGUGAGAAAUAACUCUGUCUGGAACCAAAGAUACUUCGUCAUUUCUAACACCACUGGCUACAAUGAUCGUGCUGUGGAGAGAGAAGUCCAAUACACUCUGGAAAUGAUCAAACUAGUACCACAUAAUGAAAGUGCAUGGAACUAUUUGAAAGGGAUUUUGCAGGAUCGUGGUCUUUCCAAAUAUCCUAAUCUGUUAAAUCAAUUACUUGAUUUACAACCAAGUCAUAGUUCCCCCUACCUGAUUGCCUUUCUUGUGGAUAUCUAUGAAGACAUGCUAGAAAACCAGUGUGACAAUAAGGAAGACAUUCUUAAUAAAGCAUUAGAGUUAUGUGAAAUCCUAGCUAAAGAAAAGGACACUAUAAGAAAGGAAUAUUGGAGAUAUAUUGGAAGAUCCCUUCAAAGCAAACACAGCACAGAAAAUGACUCACCAACAAAUGUACAGCAAUAAUACCAUCCAGAAGAACUUGAUGGAAUGCUUUUAUUUUUUAUUAAGGGACCCUGCAGGAGUUUAAAACGAGAGUGGUCCUUCCCUUUGCCUGUGGUGUAAAAGUGCAUCACACAGGUAUUGCUUUUUAACAAGAACUGAUAGCUCCUUGGGUGCUGCUGCUACUCAGACUAGCUCUAAGUAAUGUGAUUCUUCUAAAGCAAAGUCAUUGGAUGGGAGGAGGAAGAAAAAGUCCCAUAAAGGAACUUUUGUAGUCUUAUCAACAUAUAAUCUAAUCCCUUAGCAUCAGCUCCUCCCUCAGUGGUACCUGCGUCAAGAUUUGUAGCAGUAAUAACUGCAGGUCACUUGUAUGUAAUGGAUGUGAGGUAGCCGAAGUUUGGUUCAGUAAGCAGGGAAUACAGUGGUUCCAUCAGAGCUGGUCUGCACACUCACAUUAUCUUGCUAUCACUGUAACCAACUAAUGCCAAAAGAACGGUUUUGUAAUAAAAUUAUAGCUGUAUCUAAAAACAA